AUGUCAGCAUCUACCUACUCCAUAUACGUCACUGCAAGUGAUUUUCUGCCUGAUGGAUACUACAGUGACAGAACGGCCUGUACAGACACACCUAUCAGUUUUGAACAUAAUCUAACACAAAUUGAUGCACAAAGAAUCUUCACAUCUGCUGUGAAUACUCUGUCUCAGUCUCUCGUAAAUUCUAGAGUUAUCUACACAGACAGUGUUGGGGAAACAGCUAAUGUUACUGUUUUUCUGUCUACCACUACUGCACCUGAGGUGGUGCUGACAGUGGCUACUCUCACUGGAGGUCGAAAACAAGAUGUUGUGGUAGAAGGAAGUUAUGAACCAGCCUCACCUUCUACAAAUAUCUACCGCACGCCCGAGUGUCCAUCUACUCCUAUAGCAGUAGUUGCAGUUGCUAUCUCAGUGUGCCCUGCACUGUGCAUCAUCAACUGCCUCAUUGGAGCAUUGCUCCAUCGUGUCCUAGUCUCUCGCUCCUGCUACAGAAAGAAACAGACACCCACAGACCAGCCACAGCACCUCUAUGAUGAGGUCACUCUGCGUGCCACGGGUACUGAAAUUCCUGGUUCAGAUCCCAGUGGCAAUAGGAUGUGUGAUGAAAAGAUUGUGACACUCCAAAACCAGGCCUAUGCUAUAGCAUCUGUAUAGAAGGGACCCACAAAUUUUGAACUGUCUGCGACUGUUGAUAUUAAUAAUAAACUACUUUUGAAGAGAA